AGUGGGGGGCCCGUGUCGGACCUUGUCGGAUCGCCCGUGUCCAAGGUCUUAAAAGGGGUAAGAUACUUGCCCCGUUUUGUACAACUAGGAGAGAAUAUUACAGGAUUCUAUCAGGUACUUUAGUCCGGAGAAAAUGCCUUCGCAAGGACGACUUCCUGUGUAGCUUUCCCCAUGUGUAGCUUCCACUGGGAAGUGUUGCUCCUGGUUGCAACCAAAUUUCUGGCCCCAAGUUGUCACUCCACACCUUGGGCACUGGUGAUCAUGUGAUGGCUUUUUUUAUUCACACGUCCGAACAGCAAAGAAGUCAACUGCUCAGGGCAGCCCAGAAUGGCCACCCUGGAAUUGUAUCAGCUUUACUGGCAGAUGGUGCAGAUGUGAACACACGGGACAGUGAGCAAAGGACUCCCCUACACUUUGCAGCUAUGAAUGGCCACCAUGAAACUGUAUCAGUUUUACUGGCAUCUGGUGCAGAAGAGAAUGCACAGGACUGGGAGCUAAAGACUCCCCUGCACUGGGCAGCUAUAAAUGGCCACCAUGAAACUGUGUCAACUUUACUGAGAAAUGGUGCAGAUGUGUACAGACAGGACAUACAGAAAAACACUCCCCUCCAAUAUGCAACUGAACAAGGUCACAUUGAGUGUGUGAGAGUAUUGCUGCGGCAUAGAGCUGAUAUUGAUGACAGAAACAUGGAGCUGUCUUCAAGACAUCGUGGUCAAGACUACCAAGGAGUGGCAACACUGGCAGCAGGAGGGCCAGUAGGAGCGCCAGCACUGGCAGUAAGAGGGGCAACACUGGCAGUAAGAGGGGCAACACUGGCAGUAGGAGGGGCAACACUACUGGCAGCAAUAUCAGAGAUUUAUGGUACAGAAGAGAUACAACAGAACCCAUCAUAA